AUGGGAUAUAUUUAUGAAGCCAUGGAUAGGGCUAAAGAAGCCAUUGCCAACUCACUCAAUGGCAAUGAAGAGAAAUACAAGAGCAUUUUUGAGAUUAUUGAUGCGAGAUGGUCACUUCAAUUGCAUUGUCCUUUGCAUGCUGCUGGAUACUUUUUGAAUCCUGAAUUUUUUUAUCCAAAUAAGAUAAGAAUCGAAUCUGAUGAAGAGGUCAAUACAGGAUUGCUUUCUUGCAUUCAUAAAAUGGAAAAAAAUUCAGUAAAAGUUGAUAUGAUUCUUGAUGAAAUUGAGAAAUACAAGGCAGCUGCAGGGACCUUUGGUUUUCCUUCAGCUAUUAGAGGAAGAACAACCAAAUCUCCAGCUGCUUGGUGGAAAACAUAUGGUUCUUCAACUCCAAACCUACAAAAGUUUGCUGUAAAGCUUCAUAGUAAGAAAAGAAAUCUGCUAUUUCAAGAACGCUUGGACAAUUUGGUAUAUGUGAAGUACAAUAGAGCGUUGCUACGCCGACACACUUUUGGGGAUAUCACAACACCUAUUGAUUUGGCAAAUAUUGAUGAGAGUAAUGAAUGGUUGCUUGGUGAAUUAGAAAAAGGUGAUGGGGAUGAUGAUGAUGAUGAUUCUCUUGUUUUCAUGAAUGACGUAUUGACCUGGGGUGAUGUUGGUAGAGUAGCUGGAGUUUCUGAAUCUCGUUAUGAAUCGAGAUCGGCUGCAAGAUCAACACCACCAGUUGAAACUCCAUCAUUUCGAAGGCCUCGUGCAAUGAGAGGUGCAUCCUCUUCGCAAGUUGAUGAUGAUGAAGAGAAGGAAGAAUUUGUGAUGGCCGUUGUUGAAAAUGAAGAUGAUUUUGGAAAUCUUGAUGAUGAGUAG